AUAUUUGCUAGCGUGUAAUAAUUUUGACUGCAACUUGCAAGUUUGCGCCUGAGUGAAAGUAAUAUCAAAAUAUUAUAGGUCGAUAAUAGAUUUCUUGUAGAAGGAGCUGUUUUUCAUUAUUUAUACCUAUAUUUCUGCGAUUUCUGAAUACAUAGGUAGGUCAACAAUAUGUCACUACUAGUACGCAAGAGACGAGGUAGACCUCCAGGUUCAAAGAAUAAAAUUAAACCUAGUAUUAAGGAAGAAAAAGACGAUGGAUGGUAUUGCAGGACAUGUAAAUCAUCAUUCAAAACAGCUUCUGAGCUUCGAGCUCAUAAAGGCGAAUGCAAACAAUGGAUGAUAGAAUUAAGAUUAAAGUCAAAGCCUAAAUAUUAUUGCGACAAAUGCCCCAAGAAGUUCAAAGUAAAGACUUGUUUUGAAAACCAUUUGUUGAAUGAGCAUUCAGAAACCCCUGGGAGUGUUCCUUGUGAGCAGUGCAACGUUGUCUGUCCCAAUAUUGAAGUACUGACUGCUCACAUAGCCAAUAUACAUGAAAGAAGUAUCUUUGAGUGUGAGUUCUGUGAGAAAAAAUUUGUACGACAAGCCCAUGUUAUAAGGCAUAUGUCACAAACUGGUUGUGAUGGAAAAGGGAAGCAGUUGUACCCGUGUGAAAUAUGCUCCAAGACAUUUUCAAGAAAGGAUAACUUGAUGGUACAUUUGAGAUUGAACCAUAUUUCCAAGAAGAGUUUUAACUGCAAACAUUGUAACUUUUCAACCAACAAUUUUUCCAAACUUAUUCUACAUAAUCAACAUAGACAUACAGAAGUACCACAUUUUGAGUGUCAUCACUGUGGUAAAGUAACAGGGUCCAGAGCUGCAAUAUCAAAACAUCUGGAAAUUCAUGGGGAUAAGAAAUACAAGUGUGAUGUGUGCGGCCACAACACGUUCACGAUCGAGGUGAUGCGGCGCCACGUGCUGACUCACAUCCCGAACAAGCCGCACAAGUGCCAGAUCUGCGGCAACUCCUACAUACAGAAGCUGCAGCUCGACCGCCACAUGCUCAAGCACAUCGGCUUCGCCUGCCGCAAGUGCGACAAGAUGUUCGACGCCAAGUCCAAACUGUUGGCGCACGACAGAAACCACGUAAGGAACGGGCCAAUACUCUGCCCGUUUGAAGACUGUGAAUAUACCAAAAAGGAACUCGAAGAUAUGGAAGCUUACGAGGACCAUAUUAAAGACCAUAACAUGGUAGACAAGACGUACGAGUGCACCGUCUGCAACAAGAUGUUCAACUGCGAGUCGUUCCUGCGUCGUCACGUGGGCACGCACGCGCUCGAGCGGGCGCGGCGCUGCAUGUACUGCGUGACGGCGCGGGCGUACGCGCGCGGCGAGCAGCUCGUGCGUCACGUGCGCAACAAGCACCCCGACGUGUUCCGAGCGCGCCUGCAACACGUGCGAACUGUGCUCGGCUCAACGGUGACGGGCACGCGCGUAACGAAGUCCGAGAUGGAGUCUGUGCUGAAUGUGUUGGACGCGGAGACGGACCGCAUCCUCGAGGACUACGGCCCCGGCGUGCUGUACGGCGGCCUUCAGGAGGAGGCCGAGGACGCUGACGAGGAGGUCGAGGUGCAGGAGAAGAAGGAGAAGUCGCCACUGAUGAGCGAGACGGAGCUAGAGGAGCACCUGCGCCGCCUGCUGUCGCAGCUGAUAGAGAUCGACGUGCUCGAGUACUUCGGCUGGCCGGACGAGAGCGUCGACACGGUGCUAGAGAAAGUGAUAGAGAACAUGGGCGCGCGCGUGGCGCCCCGCGACAAGUGGUCGCGCGUGCAGCGCCUGCGCGAGAACACCAAGCACCUGUUCCUGCACGCCGUAGAGGACGCCGCCAUUGCGCGCAUGCUCGACACGCACACCAUCGACCAGGUCGUCAAGCAUAUCCUUGAAAAAGUUACAACAAACGUUAAAACUGAAGAUGAAUCUCCAAAAAAUGAUGAAGAUGUAAAACAUGCCAAGAUGGAAGUGGACUAAAAAAGAAAAAUAGAAAAAUACCUCUUAAAUAAGCAGUAAUAAAAGUGAACCAAAAUAAAAAAUAUACUUAAGUAAAAGUUCAAAUGAAAACUUUA